AUGCUUCAAAGGGCUAUCGCGAUUCUGCUGGUCAUUCUCUCUCGGAGAUCAGCGUAUACGAGGACGAACGAAACUAUCGUCCUCGGUUACCUGACGGGAUCCCAGCGACUCCCCGGUGACAGGAGCUACAGGCGUCCAGGACUGGCCAUCUCGGGGGCGCUGACUCUGGCAGUCGACAAGGUGAACUUGCGGGCUCCUUUGAUGGGUGGCCGACGCUUGGAUGUGCUCAUCGCCGAGACCUUUGGCCGAGAGAGGCACAGCGUGCUACAGACGGCACGCCUCUGGCGCCAGAACGUCUCGGCCUUCAUCGGGCCCCAGGAGACGUGCGUCCACGAGGCCUUCCUGGCCGCUGCACUCAAUCUGCCCAUGGUGUCCUACUUUUGCCUGGGACGUGAGACCUCGGACAAGCAGCGUUUCCCGACCUUCGCCCGCACUCGCCCUCCCGAGACGCACAUCUCCAAGUCCGUGGCGGCGCUGCUCGCCCACUUCGGUUGGCGACAGGUGGCGCUGUUCUACGCCUCGCGGUUGGGUCACGUGGCCGACAGCGUCAUGUCGACGCUGAGGUCGCACGGCGUCCGGCUGCGUCACGUGAGCUCGUGGAACGAGACCUAUCACUACGGCUACGGCCCGAGCCCGUUCGAGACGAUGCUCAAGGAUGCUGCGCCAAAGGCAAGAGUGUUCAUUGUGCUGGGCCAGUACUUCGAGCACAUCGGUCUCAUGGCGAGCCUGGAAGCCCGGGGACUGCUGCAAGGUGGAGAGUACUUUGUCGUCGGCGUCGACGUUCAGCAGUACGACGUCGAGAGCCCCACCCGUUAUCUUACUGGUCUGUUUCGCGAGGAACCAGACCCAUCAGUGGUGCGAGCCUUUCGCUCCUACCUCGGCAUCGUGGGUAGCCCGGCUUCGGGAUUCGAGGAGUUUUCGGUGGCAGUCAACGAGUACAUGCAGAGGCCGCCCUUCAACAUCGUCAACGCCGCCGACACCAUUGGUGGAAGAAAGAAGAUUCCGUCUGAGGGCGCCUACCUGUACGACGCCGUCAUGGUGUACGCGAGGGCCGUCAACGCGUGCGUCGAGCACGGAGGAGACUUCCGGAACGGCAAGCACCUGUUCGAGCACAUGCGGGGACGAUCGUACCAGAGCGCCAUGGGUUACAUGGUUCGCAUGGACAACAACGGCGACGCCGAAGGAAACUACACUCUCAUCGCGCGCAGGAAAUACGACGACCAGAGUGGAAGCCAUUAUGGUCUCUUUCCCGUGGGAGUCUUUGAACUCUCUGGCAACGGAUCAACUUUGCCGGUCCUGAAGCUCUUCGACACAAUCGAAUGGAUCAAGGGAGGACCACCAAGGGACGAACCUACGUGCGGCUUCAGCGGAGAGAAGUGCAUACUCGGCUUCGCAGCGUACAGGUACUGGGCAUACGAGCAGGCGCUGGACAGGCUGCUCUGGAAGUUGGACUUCAACGAGAUCCAGAUGCGAGGAGGUCCCACGGCGCAUCAGCAGGCUGCCAGACAACAUCGAGUGCGAGUCCAUGGCGGCGGUAGCGGUCCUUCAGACAAGAGUGGCGGUGGCCUGAUGCCGGUGCCGACGUCAUCGCAAUUAUCGCUGUCGUCACACCCCGAGUUCCGGUACUCAGCAACUGUACGCUCCCGUAGGCUGUCUACCGGGGCCGCCUGUGCGCCGUCAAAAAGAUCCACUACCAAGUAUCUCCUGCUCACGCGAACACUCAAGAAGCAGCUCAACUUGCUCCGCGAGCUUCGGCACGACAACCUCUGCACCCUAGUGGGCGUGUGCGUGGAGCCUCCAAAUAUAUGCGUCGUCACCGACUACUGCAGCCGGGGAAGCCUCCGCGACCUCCUGGACAACGAGGACAUCCGCCUGGACAACAUGUUCAUCGCCUCCCUCGUUGACGACCUCGUUAGGGGAAUGCUGUACUUGCACGACAGCCCAGUGCGCAGCCACGGCGAUCUGCGCUCUGCUAACUGUCUCGUCGACAGCCGCUGGGUCCUCAAGGUGGCCGACUUUGGAUUGGCCCAGAUCAAGCACAGCGCAGGCGACGACGGCCAACACGGAAGCGGCCAGAGUCAGUCUAGGGAGCACAAACUUCUUUGGCGUGCUCCUGAACUGCUCCGUGACCCGGACUCACCACCGGAAGGGACGCCACGCGGCGACGUUUACUCGUUCGGCGUAGUGCUCUUCGAGAUGCUCGCCAGGUCGGGGCCUUUCGGCAAAACUACGCUCACACCUAGCGAGAUCUUGGAGCGCGUCCGACACCCUACCCUCCACCAAUCAGUGCCGGACAGCGAGAAGCAGGAGUCUGACUGCUUCAGGCCCCCGCUGUGUGAGCUGGCCGAGCCGUGGGACGUGGAGUACGUGCGCACCCUGUUGACCGAGUGCUGGGCCGAGGCGCCCGACCAGCGACCAGACUUCAAGGCGGUCCGCGCCAGGCUGAGGCACAUGCGUCGUGGACUGAAGCCGAGUAUUGUUGACAACAUGCUUUCCAUGAUGGAGACGUACGCAACCAAUCUGGAGGCCUUGGUGGACCAGCGUACAGACCAACUGGCGCAGGAGAAACGGCGCGCAGAUGCACUGCUCUACGAGAUGCUGCCCAGGACGGUGGCGGACCAGCUGAAGCGGGGCAAGAAGGUCGAGGCGGAGAGCUUCGACUCGGUCACCAUCUACUUCAGCGAUAUCGUAGGGUUCACCAGACUCUCGGCACAGAGCACACCCAUGGAGGUGGUGGAGCUCCUGAACGACCUGUACACGUGCUUCGACGCGGUGAUCGAGAACUACGCGGUGUACAAGGUGGAGACCAUCGGGGACGCCUACAUGGUGGUCGGCGGGCUGGCGCGCCACCCGGACGUGGCGCACGCCUCCCAGGUGGCGUCCAUGGCGCUUCACUUGCUCAGGAGCGUGCGUCACUUCCGCAUCCGGCACAGGCCGGAAGAGAUGCUGAUGCUUCGGGUGGGAAUGCAUUCAGGCCCUGUUUGCGCCGGUGUCGUAGGCAGGAAGAUGCCUCGCUACUGCUUCUUUGGCGACACGGUCAACACUGCUUCGCGGAUGGAGUCCACAGGAACACCACUCAAGAUCCACUGCAGCGAGAGCUGCAAGCAGCUCCUGGAAAAAGCAGGAGGCUACAUCCUGGAGGAACGGGGGCUAGUCUACAUCAAGGCAAUACUUUCUAUUUUGACAUAAUAUUCCAUUUUUUUUAGUUUACCGCUGAUAAAUAACAUUUAUGGAAAACACAAAUUUGUCUCUACACAGUCUAAGACAUAGAAUCUUUUCUCGCUGCACAUUUCAAAGAGUGUACACAUCAUAAUUAGUGCUAAACAAUAUAUUAACAGAAACCUUACCCUUGUAAAGUAAGAUGUUCCUGUAGAAUAUGCUAUCCUGUUGCUGU